AUGGACGUACAUGAUGGAAGCAUAAGGAACUUACUUAAUGCUAACAAUAACUUACCAGGAACUAUUAAAGCAUUUAUAAACUCCUUUGUAAAACCUGGUGCUCUAACAUUUAGGUCUUUGAGAGCAAGAGCAUUGAAGUCAAGAGAUGCAGAAACUCCAACAGAACCUACAGAAGGAACUGAAACAACAGAAACUCCAGAAGAACCACCAAAACCAACAGCUAAUGAAAUAUUGUUCGAAUAUUUUCCAAGGUACUCUGUUCUCAUUGCAUACAUUCAAGAAAUACUUAAGAAAGCAGACUUGACUUUAGGAGAUGAUGAAAGUUCUGUAUAUCUUUCGUUCCAGUUUCAAAUAGCAGAACUUUUGAGACAGAUAUGCUUAAUGUAUGACAACAUCUCUGAUUUCGCAAGAUAUGAUGACGACCAUGACCCUGAACACGGUGAAGAAGAAGUUUUACAAACAUCCAUUAAGACAGGAAAGGUUUUAACUCAAAGUCUCAUUAUUGACACCAAAGAUGGCGAAGUGGACGUUCUUCAAGAGCUGAAGAAAAAUACUUCUUCG